AUGAGCAGGGACUGGGUGGAGAAAGAUCGGUUCCUACAGGAUCACCUGGUUGGCAUUCGGGAGCAUGCGAAGAGCUUUGUGCCUAUCACUGGCAAGUCGCAUGCGACGCACAUGUUUGUCAAGAAGAAAUACCCUCCUGGUCACAUCUUCUUGCACGAGGGCCAGGUGCAGGAGGGAGCCCUCUACGUGGUCUUUCAGGGCUCGGUGGAGUUCUACCGGGCUGCCUCAGGCACAGGUGCGAGGCUUCGGGAAGCGUGGAAGAAUCCUGUCAUGGAGCAGCGGAAGCCGCUGGGUCUGCUGCAGCCCACGAGCGGUGGCAUCCUUGCGCGCGAAUACCGGCUUUGCGCAAUGUUGUCGGGCGGCCUCUUCAGCUCUGCAAGUGUCAUCGGCGCGGGAGAGAAAUUGACGGAGGAGUUCUCCGUCGUUGCAGGUCCCAAGGGCUGCGAAGUCUUCGAGUCCAUCGGCGACAACUUUCAGAAGCUCCCUCUCAAGGUGGCGUCCGCCGCGCGCGAGGUCCUGUCAAAGGUUGCGCAGAACCAUCAAGAAAGGUGCGGGGUGCUUCUCGCGACGCUAGAUGCAAGCUUUGAGGAGAAUCCUGCCAAGCUGUGGAAGCGGACUAUGGCAUGGCAGGGCAACAAGCCUCAGCGGCGAGCCUCGCACACGAAUCAUCUCAUCACUUCAAGCAAGAUGCAGGUUGGCUUGCCCAAAGCCGCAACGACUCAGCCACCACUCACCGCACGCACGCGCUAA